AUGGAAGAGUGUGGGACCAUGGGAGGGUUCCUUCCUCACUGCAGCUCCACCUUCUCCGGGAGGAAAGUAGCUCUCCUGCUGUUUCUCUCCCUCUUGCUGGAGCAGACAUGGGCGGGGCCUCACAAAAAAGUCAAACAGAAGCCAGGAGAAUGCAUCCCAGAGAGGAUCAUCUGCGAAGCUAGGGUUCCAGACUUGUGCAGAGAGGAUUUCGCCUGUGAUGAAAAAAGGAAGUGUUGCUUUUUUGCCUGCGGGAAGAAGUGCAUGGAUCCAUAUGAAGAACCCUGCAUGCUACCUGUAGAUCCAGGAAACUGUAGGAGUGUUACUACCCGCUGGUAUUUUGACUUACAAGAUAAUGUAUGCAAACACUUUAACUAUGGAGGCUGCAAUGGGAAUGCCAACAACUUCCUCAGCCAGAAAGACUGCAUGACGGCUUGCUCAUUAACUGUCAAGAAAGGAGAGUGCCCAAUCUUCCCUUCUGAGGAGCGUAUGGAAUGUUUGGACUCAUGUAGGAGUGACAACGAUUGCCCUCAAAUGGAAAAAUGUUGUGAAUCCAUGUGCGGCUUUGCUUGUGCCAGGGCCUGGACAGUCAAAUCAGGUUUCUGCCCAGAAAAGCCCCUACUGUGUUCAAAGAUUGAUAAACCCAAGUGCCUGUGGGAUGAAGACUGCCCACUGGGAGCGAAGUGCUGCUCACGCUGUGGGCUGAAGUGCCUGGACCCUGUCAUGAAUAGAUUGUAA